AUGUCGGACUCCCCAUUCCCAGAAUUUCCCGUCUCCAAUAUCACAAUCCCAUGGAACCCGCUUGUCAAGAAGGCCUACGACUACACCAAGGAGCACACAAGCUUACCAACCCUGAAUCACUGCCUGCGCAGUACAGCAUUCGCUCUGAUCAUCGUGCGCAAGUUCCCGCCUCUUGUGGCAGCGACACCAGAUCUAGACCUCGAAGCCGUGGUUCUUUCAGUGCUCAUGCACGAUCUGGGCUGGGCUACGACAAAGUCGUUGCUGUCAACAGACAAGCGCUUCGAAGUGGACGGCGCCAACCUCGCGCGCUCGCUAAUCCAGUCGUCCGUUUCGGAUGGCUGGGACAAACACCGCCUGCAACUCGUGUGGGACACGAUCGCGCUGCAUGCGACGCCCAGCAUCGCACAUCAUAAGGAGCCCGAGGUGUUCCUGGGUCAGCUGGGAAUCAUGGGCGAUUUCUUCGGUCCGAAUAUCCCUAUCCCAGGUGGUUUGAUUACGGUCGAUGAGUAUAAGGAGGUCGUGCGUGCGUUCCCGCGAGCAGGGUUCAAGGAAGACAUGAUCAGUGUUAUGUGUGGACUCUGUCGUGACAAGAAGGAGACGACGUUCGAUAAUUACGUGUGUGACUUUGGACUCAAUGAAGGAUACGAUGGGAAGGGAACUGGGAAGGAAGAGUACCGGGCUGCAUUCGAGAAGAGCAAGGUACGAGAUAUGAUGUUUGCGGGCCUCGCAGCUUGCGAGGAAUACGAGAAGUGA